AUGAAUGACGAGAGAUUCAUCACCUAUAAGCGCUUCUUUCACAUCGACGGGCCUAAUGGCCGCCAUCUAUGUCUAGUCCUACCACCUUGUGGUCCUUCUUGCAACACCAUGUCCCAAUACCUACAGAGCAGGAUUCAUCCCUCGCUGGUGCGUCGAGUGUCUUCCCAAGCUACGAAAGCUAUCGCAGAUCUUCAUUCUCAAGGUCUUUGUCACGGAGAUUUUACCCCGAGCAAUAUCGUGUUUCGCAUCCGUAACCUUGAUCAUCUUGAUGAACAAGGUAUACACCAUCUUUUUGGCGAACCUCAACGCGAUAGCUUGAGAACAAUUUCUGGUGAACCUACUGGCGCAGAAGCGCCUCGGUAUAUCGUUGGCAAUCUCGACUUCACGUCAGCAGAAGACCUCAUACUUGAUGAUGUCUGCUUAAUCGAUUGUGAUCAAGCAUUUUUGACCGCUGCUCCCCCGAGGAAAACACUUGGGACACCUCCAGGCUUUCUGGCGCCUGAGGUGGCAGUUGGAAACCCGGCCAGCCCUGCAAGUGAUGUUUGGGCUUUGGGCUGUUCUAUCCUACAGAUCAGAUCAGGCUCAUCUCCUUUCUCAAUUCCCAACGUCGAUAGUCCAGCAAACCUGCUUGGAUGGGUCAGCGAGUACCUUGGCCGUAUGCCGGUAUCAUGGGGAGAGCCGCUGUUCGACGAUGAUGGCCUACCAACCACGGACGCGAUUAAUGGUGAGCCCCUAGGCGAAGUGCUCGAAAACACGAGAUCGCUCACGCAAUGGAUCAGAGAUAUCUGGGAUCAACCAGAGAAUCUUGAGGAGCUUCAAUCAACAUCAACUACACCAGAAAGAGUUAGGGAUGAGAAUAAGCCAUAUCUGGAAUGUUACAGCAACAAAUUUUGGAAACCUGCCGCGAUCAGAAUCGACAAUGUCUACCUUGGAGCAUACUCUGACAAAGUUGAUAAGAUCAUUGAGUCACUGCCGAAAAUACCUACGAACGAGGCUGACUUGUUACAUGAUUUGAUAUCCAAGAUUUUUGUUUACGAGCCUACACAGCGAGUGUCUGCAAAAGAUAUCUUGGCUCAUCCAUGGUUUCAUUUGGACGACAGGAUAUGA